AGAUGGUGAAGAAGAGGAUGGCCAAUUGAACCAGGUAAAUUAAAGCCAUAGUCAAGUAACUGGAUACCAGGCCAAAAGCAAAAAUGAACACAGAAAUUAACCCAUUUAUUCUAGGUCUUAAAGAUAUUCCAUAAUUUGAUGUAGCAUUUUGAGAAACUGUCAUAUUUAUUGCACGAAGAAGUUACGACUAGUUUAAUUUUCUAUAUACAAUUAUAGGUAAAUAAUAAUGUCCUAGAAAAACAUUAUUCCAACAUAUUACCCCUCGCAAUAAGAUUGUCCAAUCAGAGAAGUUGUUUUCCAUCACAUGACCAUAUUAUCUUCAGGAAAUACCAUAUCGUGGGCAUCUCGUACCGCGGGUCUUUUCGACCCGAAUACCGCGCUUGAGGGGGGAAUAUGACUUUGAAUACCCCGCUCCUGCCCAGUCAGUUGUCCAAUUUCAUCGGCCAGAAACAGCGGAAUCAGCAGAGGUUGAACACGAAAUAAAUAAUGAACUUAGGAGCUUAUUGGCCAGCAACGAAGGGGUAUUUCGGGCUUAGCCCUUAGGAUAUUUCAUCAUUUAGGUGCUCGUUGCUCCAGGUCUAUGACCGAUAAAUGCGCGAGAAUGAAACUAGCGAAUAUUUGUGACCACGUCUGUACUAAUGUAGAAGGUGACAUUUUAGAGAAGAGUCUAGUUACUUGAAUAUGAGCAUAUCUUUUGUACGAUCUAAGAAGUAACUAUAUAAUAAAAAAGUCAGUUGACAGAGGUUGUUAACUAAGCGUCACGGGGUUGGGCCCAUUCCCCAGUCAACUAUAAUUAACCCCUAACUCUAAUCUCAUAUAAAAUAAUCCAUUUGCGACUUCUUGCUAAGGUAACUAACGACUCUGACGAUGGCUGCGAUGAACAGUUAUUCUGGAAUGGCAUUCCAAACAACGAAGUGUGGGAUAACAAAGGCUUUGGUGAUAGUAGAGAGGAUAUGAAUGCAAAUGUUCAGCAAGAACAGUCGGUUUCAACUAAUGUACAAACAUGUUGAGGUAAAUACGUGUAAAAACCGGGGCCUGUUGUAUAAAAACCCAGUGAAAGUUAACUACAAUUAGCGUUACCACCCGUAGUUAUAUCCUUAACUGUAGUUAGUUAACUAUAUGACUUAACUGCGUUGCACAAAACGUAGUUACUUGGGUAGUACUAAUCACGUAGUUAACUGUGUGUGAGGCUUUAUUAAAUUAAGUAAUGGGUGAUUAACAACCGCUGACAAGCAUUUUUAACAUGUUCGUGGACUCGCAUUCUGCUAAUCCGAGAGAAUUUGAUUCAAAAUAGUGGAAAAUAAACAUUCCGUGAGGUGUCACGUUAAAACGACGUGUAGCUAUUUGGAAAUUAUAUAUCAUGUUUCCUGGUGUACUGGUCUUACUUCGUGUAAGCGAAAUUGAUUUUCCCGUGCAAAAAAUUUCACCAAAAGACCAAAGCGAUAUAGCAUUUAACAGUUUUUAACUGUCAGGACUAACAUUCGUAGGGAUGGUAUAGCGAUAUAUUGACAAUCCCUGGUAAGUAUUUCUUUCCAUUACUGAAAAUACUAUUCACUCCUAACUGCAGCACCAUUUUUAACUACGUUUUGAGAAGUUAACGACACCCUUGCGCACAGUUAACUUUAACUACUUUUUAACUUCUUUUUAACUGCUGUUAGUAUAAUCGACAAUUGUGGCCGAUGAUUGAUCAAGCGACCUCGGAUUAUUACGCGAUAAUCACCUAAGCGUUUUUUUCAAAAUGGCGGCGAGUGGUUUUGUCGAAGUGACAGAUGAAGAAAUAAGUUACUAAUUUUAAAGAAAAUACUGUACCUAAAAGCACGAAAGAAGUGACAAAAUUUGGCUUAAAAGUAUUUCGAGAUGGGAAACUACGAUGCAGAAUUCUGCUUAACUUUAUUUCGCAUAAAACACCGUUUGAUUCAAGUUGCCGUACAAUAUAUAGUUUAGACAUUUGUUUACGUUUGUAAAAAAUGCAUUUUCUACAACAGAUUGGUUUCAACAACAGUCACAAUUCACAAAUGAGUUUGAAGACAUGAAUAUUGGCGGAAUAAACAAAUGUUUAUCAAUAUUCUACGUUUCUAUAAGAAAAAGUGAUGGAAAUUACUACAAAAAAGCAUUCUUGAUGGCGAUAUGAGCGGCUCUGGAUAUAGAAACCUAACGUCACCGCCGUACGAAAAAGAUUGAAAUGUGUUAUAUUAUUUUUUUUCAAAUAAUCGCCUUUGUAAUUAUACUAAAACAAUUAUUCGCCUCAGGCUCGGUGAAUAUCGCUGAAUAAAAACCUCGACUUCGUCUCGGUUUUUAUUCAGCGAUAUUCACCUCGCCUUCGGCGAAUAAUUGUUAAUUAACCCGACACUGAAAAUAGGCAUUUGAAAUGACAAUUAUUUAUUUGCAGUUACGCUUCCCUCCAUCAUGCAAGUUUGUCUAUAAUUAGCGCCAAAUUUAACCAAUUCAUGAUCAGAAGAAAUCACGAAUAUUAUAUCAAUAUUGUACUUCCCUACUAAUUCACAUGUCACGUCGAAAUUUCGAUGCCCGCCAAGCAUGGAGAUAGAAGUCGUUACCUUACCAGGGCUCCCGAGAGGGGAGGGCACUCUGACCAAGGCCCCCAACUCAAACAAGGCCUCCAAAGCAGAGAAGGCCCUUAAAAAUCCUUAGAUGCAUUCGUUAGUGUCGGAUAAUAUGUAAUAAAUUGUAAAUAUAUACUGUAUUGUAAAACACCGCUUCUCCCUUUUUAGAAUUAUGACGUCAUAGGGGCCUUUUGGAAAGUUUUUUCCCCAGGCCCCGCGCAACUCUGGGCGGCCUUGCGCAUUGCAUUCGAUCAAAAUGACGACUGUUGUAUCUAUCAUUGAACUAUAAAUAAACUGGAAGGCUAACUCAGGGGGGGGAUUGAAGCCUGAGUGGACUGAGCUAUGAGCAGAAAUACUCAACACUGAACGUUGGGCUACAUAUCAAAUUGAAGCUAUUGAAAAACGCUAUUUGGUGUAGAACUUUCAAGACUUUAACUAAAAUGGAAAUAUUGAAAAACUACAAACAUAAUUACCGAUAAUUUGCCGUUUUGCAGUUGUUUUUGUAUUUUUUAAAUAUUUUUCUUUUCGCUGAAGUCUUGAAAUUUCCACACCGAAUAGCAAUUUUCAAUAGCUUCAAUUUGAUAUAUAGCCCGACGUUUGGGGUCAAGUAUUUCUGCUCAUAAGAUCGGAAGAGCAGUUAGCCUUCCAGUUUAUUUAUAGUUGAAUGGUAUCUAUACGUAUAGCAGGAAUGUUUAAAAGUUCAAAUUUCCUAUAAUUUCAUCAUUGUUUUCUUGUUCUUUUUAAAUUUUAAAAUUUUAGUAGAACUUGAAAGUUCUAUUUUAAAAUUUAUUCCAAUUUGCAUUUCAUUUGUGUGGUUUGCAAAUUGUUUCUUUCUUUUUUUUUUCAACUCGAAUUUAUUAUUACUUGCCAAUUUUAGAAACGUUUGUAUCGAAAUAGUUCAUAGUUGCAUCCAUAUCGCUACCAACGAAGCUUGUUUAUACAUGAAUUGAAUGAGACACCACACAACUACGCAGAAAUAUAAUAGGCAACGUUAUUUCAUUUGGUUUAACCCUCAGUAUGAGUGCCAAAACCAACACAGGCACAAUUUCCUCAGCCUAAAGGUCUGUUUACACUUGCAUUUUUUGCUGUGAGUUCUAGAGCGAUUUUCUUCUUCUGAACGAUGUGAACGAGUAGACGAAUUGUUAAUGUUCUGAGUAUAUAUAUGUACCCUCAUCUGAACAUUCAUAACGCAUCCACUCGUUACUUUACAUGCAUCAGAAGAAGAAAAUCGCACUGAAAAUCGUACCUAAAGUGUGAAUGGGUUUUAACUGACAAACAUUUUCCACGUACAACCACAAACGUCAAAAACUUUUUAACAGAGACGCAGUUAUAUGACACAAUGUAAUGUCCAUCAUUAUCGCAAUAAUGUAAUAAUGCACGUAUAAUUAGGGAUAUCAACCACGGAGCCACCAUGGUGCCAGAGGCUCUUUGCGAGGCGAAAUAAACGAGAAGGGAGAACGGAGAGCGUUUGGUCACAUCGAUUGCAAAUCCCACUUCCACACUUGAUUAGAUUCAGAAUUUGAAUCUCGCAUGUGAUUUGCCAUUUGUAAAAAUAUGUCAAAUCGGUUAGGGAAAUAAACAUUACUGUAAGCUAAUUAUAGCCUAUAUUAAAAUAUUCUAUUAAACUCAACCGCAUGAAUAUUAAUAGGCUACACCUAUCUCCUGAGAAAUUUGAUACUUUUUCAUAAGAGUAUUUUUAGUACUCUUUAGCAUUUUUACAAAAGUUCAAAAGUCUGAUUUCGACCGGGCACUUUAUCUAAUUGAAUCGUAUUUGGCUCGCAAUUUUGAUAACUUUAUCUUUCCUGCGGAAUCUCCGAAGUGUUGAAUCGGCUAUAAUUACACUAUAUAUAAUUACAUAGAUUUAGUUUAUUGUUGAAUGAUAUUUUUCAUAUUGUAUGAAAAAUUUCAUUAAAUUAAAAAUGACUCCUUGAAAAAGAGUUCAUAGGCGUCCCCACGAAGGGCUACCAUUUUAGCUCUUUAGAAACUGCGUAUUAGCUCCAAAAUUCUGCGAGACAGCCCCCGGAAGUGCAUAUUAUUAACCACUGAUUCCCAAUGUAUAUAGGAUCCAGCAAUUAAAUUGACUUUAUAAGUGAAUUAAGGUUUUCUUUUCAUUGCUCUUGUAGAAAUGAGGAUCGAAAUUUACAAGAUACACAGUUCAACAUCUGGAGAUCUCUGCUCGUUCGUCCUUAUCGUGGGAUAUUAAGUUAAUUAGUCUUUUUCAUAGAAUACUAAAUUUGGUAAAAGAAAAUACCACAUUUUAUAUGCGUUGGUAUUGUAUGUAGUGUGCUCGUGGCGCAUAAGAAAAGAUCGGCCAUGCUGUUCAUACGUUUAGUCUUAGAUUAAUAUUUAUUUCACGUAAACAUGCUUAUUGUAUAUUAGAAAUGUUUUGUCAGAUUUGCAGCAAGUCAAUCGUACGUAUAUAAGCCUAACAAGAACGUGAGCUAUUCUGCUAAUUAACAGUAUACUUUAAAUUUAAUUUCGUGCUUAAUUCUGUACUUUAAUUUUAAAAACUCAUGUUCAUCUAACGUUUUCGUAUUCGUAAUAUAUAUAAAAAAAUCUUAGUAUGGGAA